GUUAAUUCUUUCGUGGAGUGCGGUUGUGUUUUCCGUGCGGCAUGUCGCGAUUUCUUUGGCAUUAAAAUUUUUGAUUAUUAUUUGCUGUGUGCUAUUGUGUUGUUGUUGUUGCCUUAUAUGCUGUGUUAAUUAAUGCUGAUUUUUAAAUUAAUUUAAUCAGUUGCUAUAUGCUUGCCAUUGAAUGAAAUACGUAGCGCUAUCAAAUAUGAAUGGAAUAGGCCAGCAAAACACCGGUAAAACGUGAUUUAUCGCCACAGCACCAGCGAUCAGUGAAAAGUAUGCUUGUGAUUGUGCCAAAAAUACCAAAAAAAAAAUAAAAUAAAAAUAAAUAAUAAAUAAUUUAACAAAUAAAUAAGCAGCGCUACAUGUAAAUAGUAAACGAAAAAUAAAAUUGCAAAAUAAAAAAAGUGUGCAAAGAGUGGCGUGAGGAAAAAAGAAUCGGCAAAGUAUCUUUCAGUUGUCUAUUUGUCAGUAUCGUCUUUUUUGUCUGCUGAAUUGCCGAUCGGUUUGCGUCUGCCGGCUUGAGUUAUAUUCUUCGCCUGUUGCGUGCGUGCGUGGUUUAUUAUUGGCGCGCGUGUGUUUGUGCUGCAGCGUGUUAAUUAUAUGCAUGUGUGUAUCUGUGUGUAGUGGUGCAACGCGUGAAGCAAGUGGCAAACUUCACUGCCAGAUCAACAUCUUGCGCUGGCGUUAACAAAGCCGCAGAUACAAAAGUAACACUGCUGGCUGCAACAACAACUCAUCUCCAGUAACUGAAGUAAAGCUAAGGAAAAAACAAAAAAAAUAUAUAUUUUAACAACAUACAGUGCAGCCAUUAAUUCGUCCUCGUCAAGAUGAUUUUUCCUCCCAACGUUUGACGCAAAGUGUUGUCAAGGGCACGUUCAUCAGUUAGCUAGCUGCAUUGUGUGUUCUCAAAUUGCUGCUUUUUGUUUAUACUCGAAACGUUUUUUACUCAUCCUUAUCACCGUGUUACCCUGCCAACCAACAAUCAGCUGCUGCAUUUGCACAAUCGAUUGCCAAUUAGAUUUUAUUAUUUUAAAAUUUUAUAAAACUGAUCAUGCGUAGAUCAGCGCUUAGUCGAAAUCACUACUUCAUAUUUGGCAUACUCGUGGGUUUGGCGUUGAGUUUCUAUUUGCCAGAGGAUGUUUGGGAUCUGGUGCAAAAAGAAGAAUGCCCACAAGAGGCUGCUGAGAAUAGUCUAAUUGAAAAGUUCGGUCAGGAAUUUGAGCCACAUUUGAAUUUAAUUAGCAAACCAUUGGCAGCAAAGAAACCGGCGACGAAUGUCAUUCGUCCGCGCUAUUACUCCUCCGAGUUGGGUAUACGCGAGAAGAUCUUUAUUGGUGUGAUGACGUCACAGGACAACAUCAACACAUUGGCGACAGCGAUUAAUCGCACCACAGCGCAUUUGGUGAAUAAAAUUAAGUUUUUCAUUAAUGCCGACAAUGUGAAAACGAACUAUAAACUCAAGAAUAUUGUCGGCUUCACAGACACGCGCGAGAGUCUACGUCCAUUCCAUGUGAUCAAAUACAUUGCGGAUAAUUAUCUCGAUGACUACGAUUACUUUCUGAUUAUGCCAGAUACGGUUUACGUGGAUGCACGUAAACUGAAGGCGCUGCUCUACCACAUCAGCAUCACAUUCGAUCUAUAUAUGGGUGCUAGACUGGAGCAAAUAAAUGCGGAUGGCGGUGACAGUGCAGCGGCGGCGGCUGCUGCUGCGGCGUCUGGUCGUAUCUCGAAUUCCAAUGCUGUUGAUGAUCUCGGCAGUCAAAGUGAUCGUAAUUACUGUGAUUUAAAUGCCGGCAUUCUGCUCAGCAGCAGUGUCAUACGCAAGAUGCGCAACAAUCUGGAUUGGUGUGUGCGUAAUGGCGUCAGCAAUGUGCAUAGCGUCAAUAUCGGACGCUGUGUAAAGUAUUCAAGCAAUUUGGCCGGAUGUCAGACAAGCUUUCAGGGUGUACAUGAAGACAUAUACGGUUUGCAGCCACAUAUGAAACUAUUCAAGGAUUUAAAUAUACUCGCCAGAGAUGAAGCCUUCCGAAAUGCGACUGCUGUAUAUCCGGUAACAGGGAUGGAUGAUUUCUAUCGACUGCAUGCCUAUUUUUCACGGCAUCACUUAGAACUAGUGCAGCAACGCAGCUUCGAUUUGGAGCGCAAAUCAUAUCAAAUAGCUAACGGUUCCAUCUCAAAUAACAUACUCGAAAUACGCUGGCCACUCGGUGUGCCGCUUGGUUCGGCACCCGAAACGCGCCAUGACAUCAUAACAUGGCACCUCAUCAACAGCACACACAUCUAUCUGCCCAAUGCCGAAAAUAUCGUCGCACCACUGAGUCACACGGACAAGCUGGAUUUCGACAAAGUGCUGGAAAUCGCAAUUGCCUACGGCAAGCGGAAACAUCCACAUUUGCAAUAUGUCAAUUUGCAUACGGUUUAUCGGAAAUUCGAUGCAACGCGUGGCAUGGACUAUCAGUUGCACUUAAAUAUGCGCGACACACGCUACAGCAGUGGCGAAUUGGUGACGAAAAGUUUUCAAGUCGUCAAACCGCUCGGACGCGUAGAGGUCAUACCAUCGCCAUAUGUCACCGAAAGCACGCGCAUCGCCAUAAUGGUGCCGACGUUCGAACAUCAGGCGGCGGAUGGUGUGAAUUUCAUAACGGAAUACGAACGCAUUUGCAUGCAGAAUCAAGACAACACAUUUCUGCUGAUGAUUUUCCUUUAUCGCUACGAUUCCAUCAGCAAAGGUGAACAAGAUCCCUUCAAAAGUCUCAAAACACUCGCUUUAGAUCUAUCGACGAAGUACAAAAGCGAUGGCUCACGCAUAGCUUGGGUGUCCAUACGGCUGCCGCCUACACUUAGUGAGAAGCCACCGCCAGCGGAGGACAUAAUGCUCAACACCAUUUAUGGACGCAAUGAUAUUUUAAGUGUUGCAGUCGCUGAUCUGGCGCUGCCGAAAAUCGGCCUAGAUAGUCUGGUACUCAUGGCCUCCACAGAUAUUAGCUUCAAAGCGGACUUUUUGAAUAGGGUACGCAUGAACACCAUACAGGGAUUCCAAAUAUACUCACCCAUCGGCUUUAUGAUGUAUCCCUGUAGAUUGGCGCACUUUUGCAAGCAAUGCGAGAGCUGUGAUGUGAGCCAAAGCUCAGGCUAUUUCGACAAAUGGAAUUAUGAUCUAAUCGCCUUCUACAGUCGUGAUUAUGUGCAAGCGCGCAAAUUGAUUGAGUCAACAUUGCCCAUCACACGCACCGACAAUGACAUUGAGCUGCUACUCAGUCGCAGCGAACAGAAAAUCAACACCAUUUUGGAUAUGUUUGUGGCCUCACAACUGCCGGUGCAUAUACUGCGCGGCACGGAGCCCAAUUUGCGUUAUGGCGCCGCGAUCAGGAAUCACAUAAAUAAGGGUGGUGAAAUGCUGCAGUGUCCGGCGCGUAAUAACGCACAGCAACAGUUAUACAACGAUGUGCCACAGCGUUAUGAUGCGUUGCGCGCUGAGAGCGCCAGUGCGCAGGCGUAUGGCUUGGAUAGUCGCAAAUGCAUACAUUUGGCGUCGCGCAAACAAAUCGGCGAUGCAAUCAUACGGUUCGAAGAUCGUAGUAUAUUGCAGAAAUAGUACUCACACUCAUUCUGAAUGAGUGUUUGAUUUUUUUAAACUCUUUUUUUUUUGUUUUUCAAAUGCCUACUUGACGGCAAUGCAGUUAAACUGCGCUGCUGCUGGGCGUGCGUCAAAUGCAUGUUGACACUUUAAUGCUCAAAAAAUUUGCAUGAUUAUGUAAAUAUUAGUUGUAAUACUGGCAAAGCUUUCGUUUAAGCAUAUUUAAUGAUUUUUUUUUUUCAUUUUCAUAGUGUUAUGGAAAAAGUUAGUACUUUUGUAUUUUAGUCUAUUAUGCCAAAAUGCUUGCACAAUUUGAAUAAUUUUAAUUGUUAUAUGUGAGUUGUGUGUGUAUUUUAGUUUUAAUUAAUUUAUUUUAAAUAUUAUUUUAUUUUAUUAAUUAUUAUAUUAAGUUAAUUUUUAUUUUUUAAAUUUUAUUUUAAUUAUUUUUCAUUUAAUUUUUCGUAUUAAAACGGCUGAGCUACAGUUGAUUCCUAUCGAUUGCAUGUAACGAAAUGACUUUUUUGUAUGUAAUUUACAUACAUAUAUAUAUGAACAUUAGUGCCUAGUAUACAUAAGUCUAGUGUAAAUAUAUAUAGAUAUAGAUAGUUAGUUGUAAGUGGUGCAGUAACUGUUUGUUUGUAGCUAUUUUGUAUGUAUUAUGGCUGUUAAGUGUGUUUUAUCUACGUCAACGCAGUAGAAAUGCCCAAAACUUGUCCUUUCCAAUUUGCAAAUAUCUGUACACACACGUUUACAAAUGUAUACAGAAUAAUUUCUAAGCAAGCGUUUUACAGUAAUUUGGUGUACAGUUACUAAUAUGCGAUUUUCAAAACUACAUACAUAUGUACAUCCAACUUGUUAGCUAUGUACUCGCAUGCAUCCUAUCAUUUUAGUGCCUUAAGUAUUGUAUAUUCAUCUCGCCAUGACUGCCAAGUAUUCAGUUUGCAUAAAACAUGUAAUUUAAAAUUAAUACAUAUAUUAAACAUAUUAAUAUAUAUUUUUGUAUAUCAUAUUGUAAUAUUGUAAUUAAAUGAAUUUCAUUCCUUAUGUAAAACAAAGGAGAGCGCUAUAUAAAUACAUACACAUGUAUAUGUAUUAUGCAGUUUCCAGUGUAUUUAAGUGAAUUUCCGUGUCUUUCUACCUCUUUCACAUUUUCCAUAGGAAACUACAAAACAAAAAAUAACUAAAGAAUAAAAAAAAAUAAAGGAAUUUGUAAAUAGGCAUAAUUUUAGUUUUAAAACAAACUAUACAUUAAAUGUUAUGCGAUUAAAGGUGCCAAAGCUUUUAAAUUUCUACUAAUUUGAUAUGCUCUAAUUUGUUUUAAGAAAAAUGAACAACGAAAUAAUUCAAGUAUUAUAUUCAGUAGUAAAGGAAUUAUAUUAACAGGGGCAGCUAAAGAAAAAACAAAACUCAAAGAUUUAGUGUUUAAAAUAGUUAUAAAAUUGUAUUUUUUAAUUUAAAACUCAUGUCAUAGAACAAAAAAAUAAAAUUUAAAUAAAAAUAAAUAAAUUUCAAAAAUAAA